CCGCUCGCCGCCCCGAUGCCGGGCGGGACCGAGCUGUCGGGGGGCGCCGCGGAGCAGGGGGAGACCCAGGGGCCACCCUCCGCCGCCGUCGGCCGCCGACGCGCCCCCGCCCCGGAGCAGGGGGAGGAGUCCGCGGGCAGCCGGGUGCUGAGGGGAGGCCGGGAGCGGAACCGGGCCGCCGCCGCCGGGGAGGCUGCAGGGGGAGCCGCAUCCCGCCGCAGGAAGGCCGAGUACCCCCGCCGCCGGAAGAGCAGCCCCGGCGCCCGCCCGCCCGAGGAGACCGAGCCGCCGCCGGCAGCUGCCGCCCCGCCGGGAGCCGGGGGCAAGAAGGGGACCUCGCGCCCCGUAUAUGCACAUAAAGCAGCUGGUAAAGAUCCCAAAGAAGAGAGGGAGGAGGAAGAGGUUUCCACCAUCCUCACCCACGGGUCUCCUGUCAGCACAGCCAGGCCCAGCCGAGGGUGGCGCAGCAGCAGGACGGCUGCCGCUGCUCGCCAGCGUGACACAGAGAAUUCACGCAGCUCCAGGUCCAAGACUGGAUCCCUGCAGCUCAUCUGCAAGUCAGAACCGAACACAGAUCAGCUUGAGUAUGAGGUAACGGAAGAGCAUCAGUCUCCAACUGGAAUCAGCAGUGAUGAGGAGGAGGAGAUGCUGAUCAGUGAAGAAGAGAUUCCCUUCAAAGAUGAUCCAAGAGACGAAACCUACAAACCCCACUUAGAAAGGGACACUCCAAAGCCAAGGAGGAAAGCAGGCAAGGGGAAGGAAGAAAAAGAGAAACAGAAGGAGAUUAAAGUGGAGGUGGAGGUGAAAGAAGAAAGUGAGAUUCGGGGAGAUGAGGAGCCACCCAGGAAGAGGGGAAGGAGGAGAAAAGAUGACAAGAGCCCACGACUGCCUAAAAGAAGGAAGAAGCCUCCAAUCCAGUAUGUACGCUGCGAGAUGGAAGGCUGCGGCACAGUCCUCGCCCACCCUCGCUAUUUGCAGCAUCACAUCAAAUACCAGCAUCUGCUGAAGAAGAAAUAUGUGUGUCCCCAUCCCUCCUGUGGACGGCUCUUCCGGCUCCAGAAGCAGCUGCUACGGCAUGCCAAACAUCACACAGAUCAAAGGGAUUAUAUCUGUGAAUACUGUGCCCGGGCAUUUAAGAGUUCCCACAACUUGGCAGUGCACCGGAUGAUCCACACAGGCGAGAAGCCUUUACAGUGUGAGAUCUGCGGCUUCACCUGCCGGCAGAAGGCCUCUCUGAACUGGCAUAUGAAAAAGCAUGACGCAGACUCUUUCUACCAGUUCUCCUGCAACAUUUGUGGCAAGAAAUUUGAGAAGAAGGACAGCGUGGUGGCACAUAAGGCCAAGAGCCACCCAGAGGUGCUUAUUGCUGAAGCACUAGCUGCCAAUGCAGGCGCCCUAAUCACCAGCACCGACAUCCUGGGCACUAGUCCAGAGUCCAUUGCCCCACCCACUGAUGGCCAGGGCCUUCCCCUCCUUCCUGACCCCCUGGGAAGCACUGCCCCUGGCGAGUGCCUACUGCUGAACCCUGACGGGAUGCCAAAGGCAUACUGCAGUGGGGCUGAGCGCAUGAGCCUGAUGGCUGAUAGCAAGAUCUUCGUUGGCGGCGGGAGCAGCGGGAGCACGGAAGGGCUGGUCAUGAACGCAGAGAUUCUUGGAGCCACCACAGAGGUUCUGAUUGAAGAUUCUGACUCUACCGGACCUUAGCAGGCAGGGAGCACAUGGUUGUUGGGACAGCUCGGACUUUGUAUUUAAAAGAAAAAAUGGAGAAACUUAUUAAAAAAGAGAGAAGUCAAACAAAUUUAAAAUACUAGUAAAUAAACAAAGGGCCUGCUCCCCUCCAGCGUGGAUCACAGCACACACCCCCCCCCGACCCCUUCUCUGUCCUACUGUCCCUUUUCAGAAAGGGGAUGCUGCAGUUACUCAAGCGAGACAGAGCAAAGGAAUUCUCCGAGUGAAGGGAAGCAGCCAGAGGCCCUCACUCACCCUAAACCCAGGUGCCUUCCCUGCUCCUCAACAAAUCCCUCUUUGCAAACUUGAAAGAGUUUGGGCUCUGGACCAGCUUCUCGUUCUUAGGACUCCCUCUGCCCGACUUCUAUGCAUUGCUGCACUCUGAUCCUUGCAGUCUUGUUUUCUUCCUCCUGGGCCUGGGAGUUUGGCUUGGCACUUUAGGGCCCCUCAGCAGGGUGAGCUGUAAAACAGCACCUGUCCCUCCUCUCGCACCCUUCCCCUCCCUCACUGAUGGGAAGUAGCGGGCGUGCCCUGGCGCUCAGAUGGUGCUCGCUUGCUGAGGUGCGGGGGCUUGGCUCUGUACGAGAGCCCUGUGUGGGAGAGGCAGUGAGAAGUCUCCGAUUGGUGACAGUCAUUUGCACUUUGAACAUGUUUCUUUUUUGUGUGGUGGUAACAAAAGUCCUUAUUUAUUGAGCAGAGGGUCUGGUAUUUUUAAUUACGUUUGCAGGGGAUUGGGCUAUUCCAAAGUGGGCCUCUUUACAUGAGUGGAACUCACAGGAGUUAGCCAUGCUGGAGCAGCAGCUGCUACGGCUGAUCACCACCACAAAGAGAAUCGGGGUGAAGAAAGCACUACGAAGCUGAGUAGCUGUUUGUAAACAGGGCAGUGUGACAGACCCCAUGGGAGGAA